GGACAUGAGACUUUUUCAACAGUAAUUUGAACCACAAACUGUCAAUGUUCAAAUUGAAUGAUUUUCUUGAAUGGCAAGUUCAUUUGCAGCUAUAGCAGGAGGAAUUGGAGGGGUUGUAGUAGUGUUCUUGGGAGUGAUUUUCUUUGUAUGUUUUCGGAGUUUUCGCGGAAGGAAGUAUUCAAAUAGGAAUUCAGACUCAGCUUCUUCAGAUCCAGCUGCAGUUGUUUCAGUGGAGCUGAAAAGGGGAGGAUCUUUUGGUCCACCAAGGCUGUUCAGAAUGGAAGAAUUGGAGAAAUCUACAAAGCAUUUUGAUGAGAACAGUCUCAUUGGCUGUGGGAGUUUUGGUCUGGUUUUCAAAGGAUUGCUUUGUGAUGGAACUGUUGUUGCUAUAAAAAGGCGUUUAGGGACUCCAAAACAGGAAUUUACUGAAGAGGUUGCUCGUUUAUCAAGGAUUCAGCACCGCAAUUUGGUCAGUCUUUUAGGCUACUGUCAAGACAGUGGAUACUCCAUGCUGGUUUUCGAGUAUUUGCCUAAUGGAAGCAUGCACAAUCACUUGUAUGACACAGGAAAGGAAUCUGCAACAAAGCUAGAAUUCAAGCAAAGGUUAUCUAUUGCUAUUGGAGCAGCUAAAGGUUUAAGUCAUUUACAUAGCCAACACCCUUCAAUAAUCCAUGGGAACUUUAAAACAGCUAAUGUUUUGGUUGAUGAGGACUUCAUUGCCAAAGUUGCAGACGCGGGGAUUCUAAAGCUACUCGAGAAAAUUGAUGAUGCAGGUCCUUCUGGCUUGAGUUCUUUCAAUGCUUUUAAAGAUCCAGAGAUAAGCCAAAUCGGAAUUCACUGUGAGACAAGUGAUGUUUACAGUUUCGGAGUAUUCCUGUUAGAGCUUGUAACUGGUAGGGAUGCUUCACAUAUAGAUGAAUUUGGAUCAAACCAAAGUGUACUUGAUUGGGUUGAAAAACAGCUGAGUUCAGAGCAGUUAGUGGAUCAUAGGCUGCUAGGAAGCUUCACUGCAGAGGUUAUGAGGGAUUUCGUCAAGAUAGCGUUGAGAUGCAUGAGUUUCCCUGGUAGAUAUAGACCAACCAUGGAAACGGUCGUGUUGGAUCUUGAAAAGAUUCUUGAGAGGGAGAUGAUCCACACAACUGUUAUGGGAGAAGGUACUUCCACUGUUACUCUAGGGAGUCAAUUAUUUACAAACUGAAGCAACGACGGAGUCAUCAAUAGUAAGAGAGUACACCUAGUCUGUUUUCAUGAAUGAAUUCGGCCUUCGGGCUACAAGUAAAUGUACAUCAGCUUAAAUAGCUUUUCCCUCCCCACCUUCUUCUGCUUCAUCUAACAAAGCUAGAUGAGCAAAAGGCCGGGGCCUGAAUUAUUAAUCGCAACAUUUUUUCGUUUAAAGUCCAAUACCCCUAAUAGGUGUUUAAGGACAUUAUUGUUUGAUUCAUGAAUAUUAUUCAUCAUGUUUGAUAGAGUUGAU